AUGAUCCCCCAUUCUUCCGCCGGUGUCCAACCGUGGGACCAUCCACUGCGCGCCCUGAACAACGGUGCUGCGCGUGUGGAAAACGUCCAGGGUCCGCCUCAAGUAGCAGACCUUCCAACGGCGAGGCUACCUGCGCAGUCGCAGCUCAGACAGCCAGUGAUAGUCGACCUGACUGCGAGCGGCCCCGAUUCACAAGAGCCGCCUUCCAAGAGGCAGAAAUUGGAUACGCCUGCAGCCCCUACAUCCGGAGAUCCUCACAUUACACCGUCGACAGCAGACCAGAAGAAUGGCACGCUUGCCGCGGCUGGUUCUCGGCCCACAGCGCUUUCCUGGCGCGGCCGUCCGGCCUGGUCGUUCCAGGCCUUGAUAUCGGAGACAUAUGGCGCGGGUUCUCAAGGCGAAGGCCAGCAGCAGGAGGCGAAGUCUGCGUCGUCGCCGCCGCCGUUCCCCGUGCUUCCGGCGAACCUGUCACUUCCCGAAGCUGGGGGUGGAGAUCCUGUCGGAUCAAGAGAAAAAUCCCCGGAUCAAGAGGUUAAAACGACUCCUUAUCGUAUCAAGGUUCCUCUAGUGGCUCCAACCCUCAAGGGUGAAAAGGUCGCCGACUUUUCGCCAUGGAACGGGAACCAUCCUGAGGAUAUACUGAAUGAGCAAACUGCAAAGCAAGGCUACUACGAUCGGACCCAGGUCUCGCAAAAUGAGUCGAAUACUGCGCGCCCGUCGCUAUAUGCUCAGUUGAAACACCGUUCGGGAUUGCAGAUGCUUUCUUCGGUCUUUGCGGCGGCGUUGGAAAAACGCCAAAACCACAACAUGGUUACGGCUCCAUCGACCUUCAAGCCCCCACCCCGAGUCACCUUGACGGACAACAAGCGCGAGGCAUGGCUUCGGGAUCUUGCGAAUCCGGCGGUACCUCUCCGGCGGUUGAGUCGGACCAUCCCUCAUGGCAUUCGAGGCAAACUGCUUCUCGAUCAAUGUCUGAGCAAGUGGGUUCCUGUCGGACGGGCCGUAUGGCUCGCAAAAUGUGUAGGUGCGAAUGAGAUCCGUGCCUUCAAGAGGAAAGGCACUAGUGGUGCACUCGCCGUCGGCUUGGAAGUGAAGUGGGUUCGCGACUGGACGACCAGUGUGCAGCAGUUUAUCGAAGGUGUUCUCAGUACUUGUGGAAAGGCCGACUGGAAAGUCAAGAUGACAUAUGCCGUGAGCCUUACUUCGCGAUUAUUCUUCGAGCACCUGCUGGAUCAUGAUCACUAUCUCGAAUGGAUGUUAUCGUCACUAGAAGCUGCGUCAACAAACGCAUUGCCGCUUUGGCUUCUAAUGUUGGGCAUAUACUGGGACAAUAUCAUGCAGUACAGGAAACGAGGUCGCCGCCUGACGGAGAUCUUACUGCAAAAGUUGCAACAGGUUACGAAAUCAAAACAAGCAGGCCCUCUGCAACCGCUUGUCGAUCGUCUUUCGCACUGCAUCAAAAGAAUUGUCCAUGAACAGACUUCCUCUGCAGUCCUCCCGAAUUGUUGGGACACAUUCAAAGAGACUGUCGCGUCCUGCUUGGACUUGAACGAAAACGUGAACCGGUCCAUCUUUCAGAGCUUGUCGGAGCGCAAUGCGCGGGUUCAAUACCCCAAAGAUCCUCGUUGCAAGACGCAAUAUCCGUCCCAGCAGCGUAUCAUUCGAUAUCUCGAUUCUGUUCGAUCUACGCACGAUAUCCAAUCGAUAUCAUCCGCCUGUCUAGACACCGUGGAAGAUAAAGCCCUCCUGGUCUUUAAACUCCUUGAGUGGAGUGCGACGCCUUUUCGCAGCGGCCUUUGCCGUGUAUAUACUGCCGUUCGCCUAUUACGCAAGUGGAAAAUUUCCGGAGUGGAUGUCGAUUCCCAUAUUCUUGCCUUUCUCCGAGGCGCGGCAGGAAAUGUCAGGAUAGACGCAAACAAUAUCUAUCAUGUCAUCUCGGAGCUUGUGCGGUCUCAGACCUUCUCGGUGGGCAAAUACCUGCAAUGGCUCAUGGCGAAGGGUGUGGCAAAGGAUUCUGAUGAGACUCAAUCUACGGGAAAGUUGAGCGAUGCACAGCUACUAGCGCAACUCCCGGUCAGUCGUCUACUGGAGCAUGUACGCAACCUUCGCAACACUCUUCUCGACCGUGUCGGUAUCUCUGCAUUGGAAGAGUCUCGCAUGAUCGAACACGUUCGUGCUUGUGUUGCGCAGCGUCUUCCGCAUAUGUUUGACAGUGGCUUGGCUGAUCUCAAGCACACUGAACUAGUGCCAGUGAGCCUGACUUGGGCAGUCAAAUCGGAGAUUGGUCAGUGGCUCCGUCGAGCAGUUGCUCAACAUUAUCAAAGUGGCGGUGCAAGGGCACCCGGCUCUAGAAGGUCCUUCUCCGGCAGUCUCGAGGUAUCGGCCUUAACACCAGAGGAGUUUUACACUGUUCGCGAUCUCUUCGAAACUUUUGGUGAUCUCUCCAUGCUUGCAGACGUCCUACACCAUGCCUCUAAUAGUGGAGACCCUAUCGUGCUUGCUUCUGCUGCUGAUACUUUGAACUACCAUUAUGACUCGUUCACUGUGAUUGGUGCGACAACUGACUUGUUUCGACGACUGGUUGAGGCAUCCGCUCGUUUGAAGAAUAUGGGCAUCACGAGUCUGGACUUGGUAUUCUCAUUAAUCGAGUUGGGGCUUCGUCUACCGACCGAAUCCAGUACUGUGACUCUCCUCCGCCAGGAACUGGCCCGCAUGGAGAACAGAUCCGCUCUAGCGGUUCCAUCGCCCCUAUCCGAUAAUGUUCCCGAUGCGCUCCAUGGUUCUGACCCAUCUUUCUACGACAAGUUGGAACAGCUAUUAUUGUCAGGGACCGGUCUUGAUGAAUUCACCUUAAACACAAUCUUCCAAUCUCUUGUCAAAAAGCUAGAAUGUGGAGAUCUCGGAGGAGAAUUAUCGCCGAAUGAAAUUUGCAGGCGCCUUGCACAUUUAAGAUCAUUCAAUCCGAAGCAUUUUGAUAUAUUGCUGGUCCGCUGGGUCUGUACGAUCCUUAAAUCACCCACUCGGCCAUCGCUUCGUCACAUUCUCGUCCCCCUCAUCGGUGUUGGGUGUGUCACCAUCCAAGCUUUCAUUUCCCUGGCAAGGAAAAUGUCCAAGGCCGAGACUGCCACAGCUUCUCUUCCUGAUCUCGCAGGGCUGCAGCUGGACAUUCUUGAGCUCCUUGUCUCACCGACACAAGAGACCCCCAAGUUCUACGAUCUGGUCGACUAUCGUUUUCGGCUUGCACGCCAGGAGUUUCUCUCGAAGCACGUACAGGAAAUUCUCGUCAUUGCACAUGAAUCUGCAGUUGCAAUCACUCAACAAAAUGCAGGUUUAGAUACAGACACCAGACGGGCCAAGUUCAAGAGCUACAUGACUAUAUUACUCCGCCAUGUGCUGAUCAGCGAUCCCGAGUGUGUCGGGCAAGAUCAUAUGCAAAGACUCCUUGACCAGCACCCCGAAGCCACAGUUGCUCUCCAGCAUGCAUUGGACCUUCUUCUUGGGUUGGAUGCCUCAGGAUCAGAUUGCAAAUCGAGCUUAGCUGAGGCAAAUCAGCUGAUCGACAUGACCAAUGACUUCUCUCUUCCAUUCUGCCAGUUGAAGCUUCAGUCUCUGUUUAAUACUAAUACUGAAGACGGGGUUCGGGCCGGUAUCGUUGAUAUGAUGUUCAAAGCCGCGGUGGCGGAUUCCCGCGCUAAGAGUUCUCAUUGGGUUGACUUGGUAGCUUUGAUGAAUCGGGAUGCCAUCCAACAGAUCCGAGAACGAGCUGAACGGGGCUUCUUUUCAAUCACCCUCCCCAGUGACCAUACAAACGAAGAUUCUUCGGGACCGAUUGAGAAUAUCACGUCAUUCGAGGCCGCAAGGGUUUAUCUCAAGGUUAUUGAAGACCUGGCAUACAGCAUUCCCGACCACGGGGUAUCGCAUGUCGCUCCGAUGCUGGUGGAAAAACUUGACCAGCUGCUUCACAGACUUAUAACGACGCAGACAAACUUCCGGAGCAUCGUUGGUAGCCGAGACGCCAUGUUGACAGAACAAAUUAUUCAGUCCCGUUCCAACGUUGAAAGGGCCUUUGCUUUCUGGUUCUCGGCUCUUCUUCGGAUGGUUGUCAUUCAUCGUCAAGCGUUUCACACUAAUGCUGUGUCGGAACAAUCCCGUCUCCUGGUAUCCAUCAUUUCUAUCGCGUUCGCCCGGUUCCCAGACAAGGUGUUGCGCAUGUUCCCCAGCGCCGGUUACUUCCCUCGCCACGGUCAAGAUGAAAACAACCGUCCGUGCCCUGGUGUUCUAUUGCAGACGCACGCGUUGGACGUUGCUGCUUCUCUCAUCGACACGUUCCCGGAUGAGGCUCGACAUCAAUGCGCUCGAAUGCUAAAGGAAAAAUGCCCUCCCUUUAUCCACUUCCAGAAAGACCCUCGUUUCCUCUACCUCCUCGGCCCUGCCAUGGACGGUUCUCUGAUCAAUCUGUCGCAGCUUGCAUCCCUUCCAUCACCUGCUGCCUCCGGCUCCACACCUACGCCGGGACCGUCAGGGAACACUCUGAUGGCGCCUGCUCCCUCCCAUCAGCAGCCUUGCAUGAGCUCUAGCUCAUCAUCUGUCCUCUCAGAAAAUUCGGUCUUCAUGGCGAACCGUCUACACCUUCAGCAACGCGGACGCGUUGUGGGUCCCUAUCCCAUCCGGCCUUGGGAACUUCUGGGCGACGCAGCUCCCAUCCUCGGGGCAAAUGAUACCGCCAUCGGUCUGGGGCUCUUUGAAGCAAGACGAGUCAGAGUGUGA